AUGUCGUCCAAGGUCAAGGCUGCUCAGCUCUGGGGCAAGAACAAGGAGGACCUCUCCAAGCAGCUCGAGGAGUUGAAGACCGAGCUCAACCAGCUCCGCGUCCAGAAGAUCUCCAGCGGUGCUUCGUCCAAGACCAACCGAAUUGGCGAUGUUCGCAAGUCGAUCGCUCGCGUGAUGACCGUCAUCAACGCCAACCAGCGCGCCCAGCUCCGUCUCUUCUACAAGGGCAAGAAGUACACUCCCCUCGAUCUCCGCCCCAAGCUCACUCGUGAGAUCCGCCGCCGUCUCACCAAGUACGAGGCUACCCGUACCACCGACAAGCAGCGCAAGCGCCAGAUCCACUUCCCCCAGCGGAAGUUCGCCGUUAAGGCUUAA